CAGGCGCGGAGCAGAGGCUGCCGGGAGCGCGCGGCGGGGCGGAAGUGGCCGCCUGCUCUGUCCGGCCCUACGCAGGUAGGCGGCAGCCCGCGGGCUCCGGAGCCAGGCUCUCAGCUGGUACCCAGGACACACAUCCACCUCCAGCAACCCCAAGCAGUCACUCAGGAGCGUCUCAGUAACCAGCCUGGAGCGUAGACCUGGGAACCUGCUCUCAUGGUGUCCAUGGGACCUGGCUGGCCAACACUUACAAGGGAGCAUACGCUGCAGGAGGAUCUGCCCGGGAAGUAAAGGCUCGGUGGCCGCAGGCUGCUGCGUGGGAGGCACUGUUGGGGCGCUGAGGCUGGGCACCAGUUCUGCCCAGCGUGCAGUCUGAUGCCCAUCCAGCCCUGUGACCACCGGGAAUGGAAUGAGCCUAUGCACUCCCUCCGGAUCAGUGUAGGGGGCCUUCCUGUGCUGGCAUCCAUGACCAAGGCCUCGGACCCUCGCUUCCGCCCCCGCUGGAGGGUGAUCCUGACAUCCUUUGUGGGUGCUGCCCUCCUCUGGCUGCUGUACUCCCACCAUCAGGCCCCAGUUCUGGGCAGGACCCCCACCCACAAUGCACACAGCUGGAGGCUCAGCCAGGAGCGUGUCUCUCACUACAAUGACACCUACCCCCUGUCACCCCCACAGAGGACUCCGAGUGGGAUUCGGUACCGAAUCGCGGUCAUUGCUGACUUGGACACGGGGUCCAGGGCCCAGGAAGAAAACACUUGGUUCAGUUACCUUAAGAAAGGCUACCUGACCCUGUCGGACAGUGGGGACAAGGUGACUGUGGAGUGGGAUAAAGACCACGGAGUCCUGGAGUCCCACCUGGCAGAAAAGGGCCGAGGCAUGGAGCUCUCUGAGCUGAUCGUCUUCAACGGAAGACUCUACUCCGUGGACGACCGCACAGGGGUCAUCUACCACAUCGAGGGCACCAAGGCAGUACCCUGGGUGAUCCUCUCCGAUGGCGAUGGAACCGUGGAGAAGGGCUUCAAAGCUGAGUGGCUUGCUGUGAAGGAUGAGCAGCUCUAUGUGGGUGGCCUGGGCAAGGAGUGGACCACCACCACAGGGGAGGUGAUGAACGAGAACCCUGAGUGGGUGAAGGUGGUGGGCCACAAGGGCAGCGUGGACCACGAGAACUGGGUAUCCAGCUACGAUGCUCUGAGAGCUGCUGCCGGAAUCCGGCCUCCAGGCUACCUCAUUCAUGAAUCUGCCUGCUGGAGCGACACACUGCAGCGCUGGUUCUUCCUGCCACGCCGGGCCAGCCACGAGCGCUACAGCGAGAGAGACGAUGAGCGCAAGGGCAGCAACCUCCUGCUCAGCGCAGCCCAGGACUUCAGGGACAUCUCUGUGAGGCGCAUAGGGGAGCUGGUUCCCACUCACGGCUUCUCAUCCUUCAAGUUCAUCCCUAACACUGACGACCAGAUCAUCGUGGCUCUCAAGUCCGAAGAGGACAGUGGCAGGGUCGCCACCUACAUCAUGGCCUUCACGCUGGAUGGCCGCUUCCUGCUUCCAGAGACCAGGAUCGGUAGUGUGAAGUAUGAAGGGAUAGAAUUCAUCUAGUAGAAUAAGCCCCAUGCACAGCAGGGUGAGGGCAGAUGGCCCGAGCUACCAGGACUCAGUUUCAUAAAACCAGGAAUGCACUUUCACUUGUUUGCUUUUUUUCUUUUUUUAACUGAGAGCUGGAUGCCUGGCUAAAGAUUUCCAGAAUGGGGAGCUGAGUCCCAGGCCAUAUGACACAGCUUUGGGUGUGAUGACCUGAAGCCAGGAGCAAGGGCGAGGGCCCUGUGCGGGAACAUCCAGCAGGUCCUCAAGUCCACCCAGGCCUCGCUCUGUACUGCCCCCUGGUGGUAGGGCUUGUGCAAUGCUGCAGGUACCUGUUGAGCCCCUGGCCUUCUGAAUCCAGCCAUGCCUGCCCUCUGCUGGCCUCACUUGCCUUUCCAUGAGUUCUCUGGCCAGUACAUAUUUCUGAAGCAACCAGGUGUGUUAAGCCCUGUUCUAACCCUGGGGGCACAAGGCAGUUUGCGGUGGGCCUGCCAGAUAGGUACCCCACCUCCUCUUGUGUGACCUUGGCAUUCCACACACUGCAGGAAAUGUUUACAUGGCAGGGUGAGGGCCUUACCCCUGAGGAUGCACCUGCCCACACAGCUGAAGCCACUCUUGCACAGGAUUAUUUGUGAACUGUUUGUAACUCCAGUCUCCCCUCCGAGGAUUCUGGGGCUGUGCAGCCCUUUAGCGUCUGAAUUAUUAAUUUAUUUUUAUUAAAGCAAUUUCUUUUCCUAUAGAACAGGGUCACCAAGCCAUCACACAGCGAAGGUGGAGUUUCUACAUCUCCCAGCAGCGAGGGAAUCACCCCCACAGCCACAAUGGCGGCAUUAGCUUUACCAGAAAGGGUCUCUGGAUCCUUGGCUUCUGCCAUCAAGCAGCUUCCCAAAGCUGCCAUGCUUUCCGCUCUCAGCAGCAGCUGAGGGAGGGCUCUGGUCCCAACAGGCCUGCCCCUGACUACAGACUGUCCCAGUGCCCCUGUUUCUCGUGGGCUCCUGGUGGGUGGUUAGCAGCCCUCUCCUGGGGAGCUUCACUGCUCUUUGCUGUCACCUUCUGUCCAUGUUCAAGAGAGCAAGGGCAGCAGAGUCAGGCUCAGAGGCUGUUCUGUAGGUAGCAGCCACCUCUGCCUGCAACACCCUUAGGAUAGGACACAGGUACUGCUGUGGGCAGAGGACCCUGAUGGCCCUCACAGACCCCUUCCAUGGGAAGUUAGGAGGCCACUGCCACUGGGGCCUGACUCCCCUCUGCCCAGCAGGCUGUUGCUGACUUGUGGUGACAUCUUUACCUCCUCGAUGUGUGUCAGCUGUGUGGGUUUGUGUGAUUCUGAAGUGAAAGAGAUGAAAUGAAGGAGGCUGAGAGAGGCCUGGGACCCUCAUGGAGGAGCCCUGAACACGCCCUCCUUUCCCUGACAUGAGCACAGUGAUUGUGUCAUUCCCUCCCUUCGUUUGUUUUGUAAACAAUAAAGUGUCAGGGAAAUGUG